UGUGGAGGAUCUUUUUGCUGAUAAACAUAUUCAGGUUUUAGUUUCCACUGCAACUCUGGCCUGGGGUGUGAAUCUCCCUGCCCAUACAGUCAUCAUAAAAGGCACCCAAGUGUACAGUCCAGAGAAGGGGCGUUGGACAGAACUGGGAGCACUGGACAUUUUGCAGAUGCUGGGACGAGCUGGACGACCCCAGUAUGACACCAAAGGCGAAGGCAUUCUCAUCACAUCUCAUGGGGAGCUACAGUACUACCUGUCUCUCCUUAACCAGCAGCUUCCUAUUGAGAGCCAGAUGGUAUCAAAGCUGCCUGACAUGCUUAAUGCGGAAAUUGUGCUGGGGAAUGUCCAGAAUGCAAAGGAUGCAGUGAAUUGGCUGGGUUAUGCCUACCUGUAUAUUCGAAUGCUCCGAUCCCCGACUCUCUAUGGCAUCUCUCAUGAUGACCUCAAGGGAGAUCCCUUGCUGGAUCAGCGCCGACUAGAUCUGGUUCACACUGCUGCCUUGAUGCUUGACAAGAACAAUUUGGUCAAGUAUGACAAGAAGACAGGCAACUUCCAGGUGACAGAACUGGGCCGUAUAGCCAGCCACUAUUACAUUACCAAUGAUACAGUGCAGACCUAUAACCAGCUGCUGAAACCCACUCUGAGUGAGAUUGAGCUUUUCCGAGUUUUCUCAUUGUCCUCAGAGUUUAAGAACAUCACUGUGAGAGAGGAAGAGAAGCUGGAGCUACAGAAGUUGCUGGAGAGGGUGCCCAUCCCUGUAAAGGAGAGCAUUGAGGAACCCAGUGCAAAGAUCAAUGUGCUUCUCCAAGCCUUCAUCUCACAGUUGAAAUUGGAGGGCUUUGCAUUGAUGGCUGAUAUGGUGUAUGUUACACAGUCGGCUGGUCGGUUGAUGCGGGCAAUCUUUGAAAUAGUCCUGAAUCGAGGUUGGGCACAGCUUACAGACAAGACUCUGAACCUCUGCAAGAUGAUCGACAAACGCAUGUGGCAGUCCAUGUGUCCUCUGCGCCAGUUCCGUAAACUCCCUGAGGAGGUAGUGAAGAAGAUUGAGAAGAAAAACUUCCCCUUUGAGCGUCUGUACGACUUGAAUCAUAAUGAGAUAGGGGAGCUUAUUCGCAUGCCAAAAAUGGGGAAGACCAUCCACAAGUACGUCCACCUGUUCCCUAAGUUGGAGUUGUCAGUGCACCUGCAGCCUAUCACACGUUCCACCUUGAAAGUGGAGCUGACCAUCACGCCAGAUUUCCAGUGGGAUGAAAAGGUCCAUGGUUCAUCAGAGGCAUUCUGGAUUCUGGUGGAGGAUGUGGACAGUGAGGUGAUACUGCACCAUGAAUAUUUUCUACUCAAGGCCAAAUAUGCCCAGGAUGAGCACCUCAUUACAUUCUUUGUGCCUGUCUUCGAACCGCUGCCCCCUCAGUACUUCAUCCGUGUGGUGUCUGAUCGCUGGCUCUCUUGUGAGACUCAGCUGCCAGUCUCUUUCCGGCACCUGAUCCUACCAGAGAAGUACCCACCUCCAACGGAACUGCUGGACCUGCAGCCCCUGCCUGUGUCUGCUCUGAGAAACAGUGCCUUUGAGAGCCUUUACCAGGAUAAAUUUCCUUUCUUCAAUCCCAUCCAGACCCAAGUGUUUAACACCGUGUACAAUAGUGAUGAUAAUGUUUUUGUGGGGGCCCCCACUGGCAGUGGAAAGACCAUUUGUGCAGAGUUUGCCAUCCUGCGAAUGUUGCUGCAGAACUCAGAGGGGCGCUGUGUCUACAUUACUCCCAUGGAGGCCCUGGCAGAGCAGGUAUACAUGGACUGGUAUGAGAAGUUCCAAGACAGGCUCAACAAGAAGGUAGUGCUCCUGACGGGGGAAACCAGCACGGACCUGAAGCUUCUGGGCAAAGGCAACAUCAUCAUCAGCACACCUGAGAAGUGGGACAUUCUUUCUCGGCGGUGGAAGCAGCGCAAGAAUGUCCAGAACAUCAACCUCUUUGUGGUGGAUGAGGUCCACCUUAUUGGGGGCGAGAAUGGGCCUGUCUUAGAAGUGAUCUGCUCCCGCAUGCGCUACAUCUCCUCCCAGAUUGAGCGACCCAUUCGCAUUGUGGCUCUCAGCUCUUCACUCUCAAACGCCAAGGAUGUGGCUCACUGGCUGGGCUGCAGUGCCACCUCCACCUUCAACUUCCACCCUAAUGUGCGCCCUGUGCCUUUGGAGUUGCACAUCCAGGGCUUCAAUAUCAGCCAUACACAGACUCGUCUGCUUUCCAUGGCCAAGCCUGUGUAUCAUGCUAUCACCAAGCACUCACCCAAGAAGCCUGUCAUUGUUUUUGUCCCAUCUCGAAAGCAGACCCGCCUCACUGCCAUUGACAUCCUCACCACCUGUGCAGCAGAUAUCCAGCGGCAGAGGUUCUUGCACUGCACUGAGAAGGACCUGAUUCCAUACCUGGAGAAGCUAAGUGACAGCACGCUGAAGGAGACCCUGUUGAAUGGGGUCGGCUACCUGCAUGAGGGGCUCAGCCCCAUGGAGCGACGCCUGGUGGAGCAGCUCUUCAGCUCAGGGGCUAUCCAGGUGGUGGUGGCUUCUCGGAGUCUCUGCUGGGGCAUGAAUGUGGCUGCCCACUUGGUGAUCAUCAUGGACACCCAGUACUACAAUGGCAAGAUCCAUGCUUAUGUGGAUUACCCCAUCUAUGACGUGCUUCAGAUGGUGGGCCAUGCCAACCGUCCUCUGCAAGAUGACGAGGGGCGCUGUGUUAUCAUGUGUCAAGGCUCCAAAAAGGUCAGUCCUUGACUUGC